AUGCUGCCGGCGGGCUUCCCGAACAGCACGACGCCGGACUUCGUGGCGGUCGCCUGGUGGGACGCCAUUCAGACGCUCUGCAGUAGUAUUAUGUCCACCUUGUCGAUUCGCGCGGUAUUGAUCGGGGUCGGGGUGGGGGCCUCCACCGCCAACACCGUCAGCUCGACGGCGUCGUGGAUGCUGCGGGAUGGGAUGCUGGUCGUCGCCAACAUCGUCCUCUCCACGCUGUGGAGUGGGCGGUUGGGGAGCCGUGCGAAAACCUGGCGGCAUAUCGCGGAUAUCUGCAAUAAUCUUGCCUUGCUGGUGGAGUUGUGCUCGUCGUGGUUUAGCCGCUAUUUUUUUCUCGCGCUCGUGGCGACGGCGUCGAUUUUGAAAGCGCUGGUGGCCGUCACGGGCGAUGGCGUUCGCCAGACUUUAAUCCCGCACUUUGCGAAGAAAGGAAACGCCGCGGAUGUGGAUGCCAAGAGCCGAACUUUUAACAACAUGGCAACUUUUCUCGGGCUGCUCCUUGGAAACGUCGUCGCCUUUGUGACCCCUCCGACGUCAUGCGAAUCGACCCUCCGAGCGUUCUUUAUAUUUUCCAUCGGAUUUCAGCUUGCGAGCCAAAUGACGAUUCGCUCAAUGGUCUUCACGCGUCUCAACGCCCCGCGUUUGGAAUGGUGUCUAGGUCGCUUUUACGACCAUGAGGUGGGGAUUAAGCGCACAGCGAAGAAAACCGACACGACCCUGGAAAGUGUCCCCAAUUCCGUGCAGAAUGGAGAGAGGGGGUCGAUUUCAAGUUGCUUGGAUAUCUCCCCCGAAGUGGCGAAUAAAAAGGAAAGUGUGUAUACAUUACCCUCACUAACGCUACUUCCCCAGUUCAUGCCGCUCUGUGCGCUCAAACAAUUCUUGUAUAAAUAUCUUCAUUUUCUUUCCAUAAAAAUAUAUUUUGGCGCUUCUCUUUUUACAAUAUUACAUAAUAAUUCUAACCUUGCUUCUUCAAUUAAACAUUGCAUUAUUAAAAAAGUGGGCGAAAGCCUGUCAACGCGCGGUGUGGCUCUUCUCUUUGACGAAUCUCACCAGACCUAUUACGUCUUGUUUUCCGAGAUCCACAGUAAAGAUGGCCACCCAAAGAGCUGGGAGGGCUUCGCCAAGCAGCUUACCCUGACGUCGCUUUCACAGAAAAAAAUGGAGUCGGGAUCGGCGUCCCAUCGCGAUCGGGGGGCCUCCCAAACCUCGGUGAAGCUUUUAAGCACCAAUGGGGUUCAGCCGGAGGCGGAGUUGGAGAAGGCCACCCAACGCGCUUUAUGGGCGUAUUUCUAUGCGUACAGCCACACCCGCGCGAUGGCGCUCCCACGACAAAACGGUACGACGAUGUCCACGCAGGCCAAAGAGGGCGCUCCACCCCACAACAAAGACGCCGCCUCCCACGCCGCGAUCCUGGGACGUCAGGACGACGCCACACUGCACGUUAUUCAAUCGCUUCGCGCUGACGGCGUGUUGGACUUGCGUCGACAGCGCUGUAAGCCACGCCCGGAAUUUCAGGAAAACGCAGAGGACAAAAUGGUUAAAUUAGACCAAGACUCGGACGACGACCAUCUGUAUCCACUGUACCUUCGCUUCAUCUCGGACCUUCAACGAAAUGGUUGGAUGAUGGAUCGAUUAAUGGUCCCUCAACAAGGUCAUACUAUUGUGGUUCAGCUUUAG